AUGAGUGCUAUUUAUCGUUUGCAAUGCAAAACUCAAUCAUACGAUUGGGGUAAAUUAGGCGAUGUCUCUAAGGUUGCAGCUUAUGCAAAGGCAUCUGGUACUGAUGUCAAUAAUGAAAAACCUUAUGCUGAACUCUGGAUGGGCACUCAUCCUAAUGCACCUUCUAUUGUUAUGGAUAGCAAAAAUACAACUCUUCAGCAACUCAUUAAAGACAAUGUUGAACUUAGCACUAAGCCUGUUUAUGACCAGUACAACGGCGAUUUACCUUUCCUUUUCAAGAUUCUUUCCAUUCGUAAAGCUUUGUCCAUUCAAGCUCAUCCUGACAAAACUUUAGGUGCUCGUCUCUUUAAAGAGUAUCCUCAAAAUUAUAAAGAUCCUAAUCAUAAACCUGAAAUGGCAGUUGCUCUCACACCCUUUGAAGCACUUUGUGGCUUCCGUCCCUUGAAUGAAAUUGCCAAGCAUAUGGAAAUAUAUCCUGAAUUAUCCGAAUUAUUAGGACAAGAUAUUUCCGAGGAGUUCUUAACAGUCGUAAAAGAUACCGGUAACUCUAUUUCCGAGGAAGAUAUUGCUCACAACAAAUCUAUUCUUAAAAAAGUAUUCUCUGCCCUUAUGCAUAGCUCUCAAAAUAAUGUUACACAAUUAUUAGCUAAAUUGAUUAAUCGUCUUAAAGAGUCAAAUGCGAAUGAUACUGUUUCCCAAUUACUUAUUAGAUUAGAUCAACAAUAUCCUGGUGGUGAUGUUGGCGUCUUUUCAUGUUUGAUGCUGAAUUAUGUUUCCAUGGAACCAGGACAAGCUAUUUUCUUAGGUGCUAAUGAACCUCACGCUUAUUUAUCUGGAGAUUGUGUUGAGUGUAUGGCUACAAGUGAUAAUGUUGUGCGUGCUGGCUUAACUCCCAAAUUUAAAGAUGUGGACGUUUUAGUUGACAUGCUUACUUACCGUUAUGGCUCCGCGGAAUCACAGAAAAUGUCGCCUAUUAAAUUUGCUGAUCAUUCUCUUCUUUAUGACCCCCCUAUUGAAGAAUUUUCUGUUAUCUGGACAAAGAUGGACGCGGAUAAAACUGAAAAACACAACCCUAUUGAAGGCCCUAGCAUCCUUAUUGUUACGUCCGGUAGCGGUAAGAUGAGUAAUGAUAAAGAUUCUAAUUCUUAUGAACUUAAAGAGGGUUAUGUUUACUUUGUGGGUGCAAAUACUCCUUUAAUUGCUCAAUCUGACAAAUCUGGUUUAGAAUUUUAUAGAGCCUAUUCCCUUACUACAAACAAUAACUAA